AUGGCGUCGAAUACGGCUGACGAUUGGCGCUCCAUGGCAUUCCGUCAGAAAGUUCUCUCUCAGAUGUAUGUUUUGAUCAUAAGCAGGAGACAAAUUGCCUUCGUAAAGCAGAGAGUUUCCUUUAUCGUCUGGCUUUGUCAACAAACUGUUAUUUAGCUGUUUUAAAUGUGUUUUUUUCUUCAACGUGCUUAGCUUCGUAUUUCCGUUUCAGAGAGGAAGCGGUAAAAAAGUCUGGCAAUCCAAAUGUGAUGAUGAAAAACCCCAGUGAAAUGGAGAAUCAAGUGUAUCUCAAGGCGAAAACAAAGGUUUGUGCACAUUCUUUAAUUGUUUCAUUAUGUAAGGAACGCUUUAUUACUUGCAAUAUUGCCUUGAUUUUGUGAUAUUGUUUUGAAUCCUGUUGAAUACACUUUGAUUCUGAUCGUUUCACGAACGUCGCCAAAGUCUCAUUAGUUCUUGUUUGAUUUUCGUUCUGACAUCUGUAAUGUAAAAUGGCUUUCAUUAGAGAGAGAAAAGUGAGGUUACGAUAUAUUUGUACGUGUAUUAAAAGCGAAUGACAGUGGUCAAUGCAAGCUUUAUUGUAUGAUUCUCUUGUAUGGUUUAUAUGCUUAUUUUACACCUGAUAUUAUAUCUGUGAAACCUCUUAAAAUAAUGGGAGCUUAUUAAAAGUCGUCUACCAAGGUUCCAACCACACCAAAUACCCAGACACAAAUUAAAGAAACAAUUUAAAGAAUGUGCUACAAAAUAUAUAUAUAUAUAUAUCUAUACUUUAAUUUCUGGAGUUUUAGGCUUAUCUUACACUGUUUGUUUACACUUCUGACCUUUAGUUAACUAAUUUGCUCCCGAACGGCUUGUAACCACCUUUGCCGAUCCACAUCCCUUCUACCACCUGUGGUGCAUUCACUUUUAACGGUUAAUGGCAGCUGUGAUUCUUAACUUUUACGUGGAAAAGAGAUAUUGCAAACCAUACUGGAAUGAGCACAAUUCAGUUGAGUAAGGGUGCUGUGAAAAACACUAAAAACCGUGUAAAAUUGAGCAGAAAAUUCCAAUGGAAAUCUUGUUCCACUACCCACCUUCACUUCCUUCCAUCUAAUCUUAGGAUACUAAAAGCUUUUCCAGGAACUUUUUCUUUCAAAUUGAAGCAUACUUAAUGGCCAGCUAAACAAAAAACGGGGCAAGAAAACGUAAGGAGGAGGAGAGAAAAGUAAAAGUCGAGACUGCUGUCUCUUUUAAUCUCAAAACUUUGCUUUCUGCACAUGCUCAAGCUUUGGAAGCUGAUAUUUAGCAUGUGGAAAAGAAGUCCAGGAAGUGCCGGAUACAUAACAAAGAUUGUCUUUCAGUUUUGGUUCAUUUUAACCACACAGUAACCAGAAAAUGGCUUGAAUAGCUUUAAAGGGCAUUAUUCGGCAAAAUUCCCAGGAGGAAAUGGGGUAAUAAUAAUUAUUAUUCAUAAACAGUGCUGAUUUUGAACGGGACUUUGAGUGAGAUGUUUGAGUGAGUUUGUUAAAUUUCAGAAAGGUUUCCAUUGAGUCCCUUGGUGGCAAUGGAACACCGGCUGUCAUAGUAGCUAAGACUCACAAGUUUGAUUCACAGCGUCUACAAGUAACUGUCAUAAGAUGUAUUAACUCAACAAAAUUUUUCAUUUUCUUUUCAGGUUGACUACCUGUCAUAUGUUGCACGUCUUUUGGUUUACAUUCGAGACAUUCGAGGUAUAAGUAAGCAACACUCAGACAUUUCUUUUGUAUGCUUUAAACUUUGCAGCAUGUGCUGGUAGAAAGGUUCAGUCGGGAAUUAGGGUGUUCUGGAUAGAAAUUCAAAAUUUUUUCCCCUUAGGGUUGUGCAUUGCGCCAUCAUUGGGGUUCAAUUAUAAUUAAGCAACAAGCAUCCCCAUCCUUUUAUAUUGGAGUCCAACCCCCCUCCUCCCCGGCCCCCCUGGAAUAUUAUCGUUCCUGCAUGAACCAUUAUCAUAAUGGCCAGUGAUUGUAUUCAACAGUAUCUAAUUCACCAGCUCAGGGUUGUCAAAAGUAGUCGGCUGCCAGCGAAAAUCGCUGCCUACUUGGUUAGUAUUGGCCGGCUACUUUGCUUGGCAUUUCUUUAUGGAUGGACUAUAUAUCCUUGGACUGGCCACUUACUUAGACAACUCAGCCAUCUACUUCAAAAUUUUCUGACAAUGCUGGACUGGACUGGCCAACAACUGGACAACUCAGCCGUCUACUUCAAAAUUUUUUGAUAACCUUUGCCAGCUGAUUCUUAUUUUUUAUCUCUUGAUAUGUUACAAAAUGAAUUUCCUCUUGAUAGAUUUCUAAAAUUUUGAUCUAAAACACUUUUAAGCUACUGUAAUGUUCAAAUUAGCACCUGGGGAUACUCAUUUAAUUUUUGACGGAGAGUGGUUGGCAGAUUUUGUAAGGGGUGUGGUUGUCUCAGUAUAAUGAUCGUCUUGGUGUAACCAACUUUUGUCACUGUACUCAAGCACUAUUGCCAGAGUAACCUGAGAUCAGGCUCUAUUUUCGUUUCGCUUUGAAAAUAACAUUCCGGCGGCCAAGGCGAAACGAAAAGACAGCCUGAUACAAACCUUCUACGAAACAUCUGCCGCCCAUUUUUUUGAUUGAUUGACAUUUACCGAAUAAGCCAACCAAAAUUACUUCCGUUGCUUGUUUUCUAGUAUGCAAAUUUUUCACGCGUGGGAAAAAUGCAGACAAAAGCUUUAACUGUUAAUUUUUUCAGCUAAAAAUAAAACAGUCAGCACAAUCACAUUUACUAGUAACUUCUUGCGAGAUUAAGGGGGAUCUCAAAGGUUAUUUCUGUUGGCGUAGAAGGUGAAAAGUUUUCGAAAAGACGGCAACACAAUUUUCUACUAGGUUUAAUAUUCUGGCUAGGCGCGCUCAAAUUUAAAAUAGUGAAAUUUCUUUUUCUGUUUCCUUAAUAUUUUCCUUGGCAAUUUUCCCUGAUUUUCAGUACAUAAAUCUUUAAAAACAAAAGCAAACAGCCAAUAAGCGAGGACACCAGUUUUUCUGGUUUGUUUUUUACCAAAAGCGAAGGCAAACAACCAGUCUGUUACCUUAAGCCACCAGCUUUUAUAAUAAUGCCUACAAAAAUUCCUUAAACAGCGAUGCGAUAUUUUUCGUCUAACGCUUCACAGUUGGCGAUUGAGGUUUCUUUCGCAGUGAGCCUCCGCUUGCCUACCCCAUUCUGAGAAGUCAUUCCCGGCUAAACUUUCAAAUGAAACCAGUUUUAAGAUUUAAGAUUUAAGAUGAUUUGCACUCGUUUGAUGGUAAAUCAAAAGGCACCUUGUAAGCGGUCAACAACUUGCAGAGGGAUUCAACUCCACUAUACACUCACAUUAGUUCCGUAACUAAAGCAAAUCGUGAGAAGAUAUGAACAACCAUAUGAAUUUUCUGAAUUUCCAUGGCACAUAUUAAGGCACAUUUUCCUACCAUAAGACCGUAAAACAAUAAAACCGACAGCAAAAUUGAUCCUUCUCUCCGCCGCCGAUGGAUCAUUCACGAAAACAACCACGCGAGGAAUAAGCGCUUUCAACUUCUGGCGUUUCCCACAGCCAGUCAGAUCUUGUGGCAUUGUUCUAAAAGCCAAUCAGCUUUAUGGCCAAAAUCUGGCCGUAACGAGCACAAACGUGAGAGAGUUUGUGUCAGGCCCAAUUUUAGCGGUAGCCGUUAGAGAGAAUGUAUGAGAAAUGCUAAAAUUGGGCCUGAUCUCAGGUUAUUGCCAGAGGAGCUGCAUCUUUACCAUUUGACUGUGUGAUGUCCUCAAAUGGGUCAUUCUCUAGUGAUUGUAUAUGUUGUACUUUAUUCAUUGAAGAUUAUAUUCAGUAAAGAUAGUAGGGGGUGGGGCGGGGGGGGGGGGCUUAAUUAGAAGAAGUGCUUAAUUAAUAUUUUAACCUAAAGGGCAGUGCUUAUUUAAAGGGGGUGGGGAAGGGUGGCUAAUUUGUGCACUUAAGGAAGGUAACUAUUAAAAGUGAUGAGUUACUUUCAAUAAUAGGACCCACUGCUCUAGGGCAGCAACAACCACAAGGAGUUAACAUGACUCCACAGCCUGGAAUGAGAGCGCAAUUUCCAACAGCUGCUAUUACCAAGCAACAAGGAGUUGGUGCCAUGGGAGGCACCCAGAACACCCCACAGCAGCUGCCAAUGCAACACCUACAACAGGCUGUCAAAUUGCCUGCCAGCUUAUCGCAAGCUCAAGGUCAAGGUCAAGUCUUUGACCGGUCGGGACUGACUCAACAACAGCUUCUUAGUCAGCAUCUCUUGCAACAACAAAUGCAGACUCAAACAUUACUCGGUCAGCAGCAGGCUGCUCGUGGUUUUGGAUCACAGGGUCAAAUGGCACAUCACCAAUUGAGUCAAUCACAGACACAUGUUAAUGUGUCAGCUGAACAAGUGGUAUCUCCAAUGCCUGUUCAACAGCAAACAGUUCAUCAAGGUUUGUUUGAGUUCUAGAUACACUCUACAUGUCUUCUGAUAUCUUUAAAUUGUAUACUUUAACACAGUCAGCCAUACCAUAUUACUAUGUUUAAACUGAUUAUGCAAAUUAAACAAGUUAAUUGUCAAAACUAGUAUGACUAUCAGUAGCUACUGAAGUUUUUUUCUUACUUUAUCCGUUACCAACUGACUGUUGUUACUAGAGUUAUUUUGUUUCUUUUAGCCACAAUCUGAAGAUUUUUGUAAGCAAAUUGCCAGCUAAAGUUGCAUUGUUUCUGGUAAAAACAUUCAGCGUUUUGGUUUUGGGCAUAGUAGUGUUCUUUGAAUAUGAAUAACAUUUUUGUUUGUAUUCUCUGGGAAGGAAUUUUCUGGAAGCAUUGCACACCAAAGAAAUAAUGCUCGGUAAUUUUUUGUUUUUAGCACAACAACCCAAGCAUGGUGUUCAACGCAUGCCACACAUUCCUUCUCCUACAGCAGCAACAAUGUCAUCCACUUCUACCAUGCGGGCACCAACUCCUUCCUCUGCCCAGCACACGGCUCACACAAGCCAGCCCACUUUUGCCCCAUCACCGGCACCUCCAUUUGUUCCAUCUCCUGCUAUGCAGCACCCUUCACCUUCUCCUCAGGUAAGAUGUCAUUAAGGUUGCAUUCACAUAUGGUUGUUACACUAGUUCACUAGUGGUAGAGUUGAAGUUAAAGUUGGAGUUGUAAUCAGAGUUGCAACGGUGCCUAAAUAAAGUUAGUGCCUCAACAUAUUUUGUGUGUGUGACAAUUUACUAACUUUUUUGUAAAAUUAUUUAAAAUAAUACCAUCUAUGAUGACAACUUAGGGACUGCCAGACUAAAUAACAAACUUGGAUUUUACUUAGUACACAGUUUUUCUUAUUUAUCGGUACCUCGCCUUACUUGUCCUCUGCCUUUAAAACUGUAAAUAACAUUUUGCAAUAGUAUUUUUCUGGCUAUUUUGUUAUGAUAAAGAUUUUCAAUUUUCUUGUACAGCAUGGUGUAGCAGCUUCACCAGCAGCCCCUGCAUCAGUGCCCACGCCUAGCACCACAAAUGUCCAGUCACCAGCUUCAAUACUGAACCCAGGGUCUGUUGGUCCUGUAGCCAGCCCACUCAAUCCUGCUGAAGAACAGGCUUAUUUGGAGAAGGUGUGUCUUAAAAUUAAGUUAAUGUUCAGGGCUCAAGAAAGUCCCUUCCGGCAGUCUGGGACAAAUAGAUUUUCUUGCUAAGCAAGUAGCUUUUAAAAGUUAGUAACCCAAUGGGCAAGGGUCUAGGCAAGUCAAGCUCUAAUAAAGUCAUUAACCAAGAGGAGCAAGAAGUGGCCUCGGGCAAUCAAAAUUUGAGAGCUGCUUACCCAAAGGACAAGCUGGAAUCCAAGUUUUUUUCGAGCCUUGAAUGUUGUCAUUGUUGCACUGUUAUCCUAAAACAGUGUUCAAACAGUAUGGUAGGGAUUUGGAAUAAUCAAUGUUGUGGAGUGACAUUAUGAAGAAAGAUUCUCAAGAGCAAUGGUUUCUAUCCUGAGAUCCAUCGAGAGUAUAGAUAGCCUUUACCACCACUUUUGACAUGGUUUACAGCCCCCUAUUUUCCAUACGAUCACUGCAAUCAAGAGUUUACUUGCUUUUGAACUUUUUUGAGAAGCAAAGACUGCAGGCAGUCUGACCUUGGUUACAGUCAAGUCUGCCAGUAAUUAAAGACGUGCUCAAUUUCAGUUACAAGAACUGCAACCUUAUGUCCAGCCACUGGCCAGGAUGAUGAACAAGUUGAACAGGGAAAACAGAGAUAAAGGUUGGUUUUGAGGGCUGUGCUUAGGCUUGAUUACCAGCCACUGUUCAGGGUGGAUCAAAGACCAGACCCAGGAGAGGGCAGAGUCGAGCCUAGGCUUUGCUCAAUAAGGAGAUCUUUAUUAUGGUACACAGCGUGCAAAGAAAGUCGUGUCCGAUAGGCCGGGGCUAGUGGAUUUUGCUAUUGGGCUAGUGAUUUUUGUUCUUAACUUGCCUGACGGGCAAGUGCUCUUUUUUGGGAAAUUCAAAUUGUAGAAGGAUUUUAAUCAAUCCUAUUACCCGGUAAUCAAAAAGGGUUUUGGGGCUAGUUGAAAUGACUUGUGGGCGUGUGCAUGCUAGCUACAGCUUGCCUGAAUAGCAAGCUGUAAAACUGACUUUCUUUGCACCCUGGAUCAUACAUGAAGUUUUCGUGCUAAUGGUAUGCAGAACACCAUGAAUUUAAUAGGUUCAGGCCGGUGGGAUCCUUGAAAUUUUUCUUAAAUCUCAGCCAUGUCUCUCUUGUACACAUGUGGGUGGGAAAAUAAAUUUUCAACUUUGUUUGGAAUAUGGUGAAGCAGUUCUACAGAAAAAAAAAUGACAAUUUAGGUCAUGUCACCAUGUUUCUGUCUUCCAUAUUUCUUAAUAAUUAUGUUUCCCUCUACCUUGUUUUUGUGUCCAUCUAAAACAGCAACCUAACCAUCUCUAAAUAGAGCUACAUUAGGCAACAAGAACAUAGCUUAAAAAGUGAAUUUGUGUUCUUUCAGUCUUUGAAGCGAUUAUUCCUACCCACUUACUUUGUCAAAUGUAGGCAAACCCUCCUGAAGUUGAAUUCCAAGGGACCAUAUCCAAGUUCAGGAAAAAAAAUUAUGGUUGCUUAUUUAUGUUCUCCAUAAAAUGUGAAAUUAGGCAUUUUCACAUCGUAGAAGUACAAAAAUGGCAAACAAGUUGUUGUUUUGCUUAUUAAACCUAUUGUUUUUUGACGUUCUCGUUGAUGUCGUGUUGUUGGAUUGUAAAGACCCUAUUAUCUUAUAAAAACAGUUGCAGAUUGCAGUUAAAAAAUCACAAUGUAUAUGACUAACUUUUUGUGCCUUUUCCACACUAUCAGUUGGGACAAACAAAAAAAAACAUCUGAGUGUGAGAAAAUUAAAGGCAAGGACUGGGCAAAGACAUGGGGGAGGGCCUUCCUUCCUUUCCCAAGCUAUUCUUGUUUUUUUUUUUUGCCCAUUCUAACUGAGAGCCUAGAACAUUCUACCACUUUUGUAACAAUCAUAGUCACCAUAAUAUUACCUUACCACAACAACUUGUGAGUGACAAAUCUGGAUUAAUAAGAAAAAAAAAAAUUUCUGUUUAUUGUCAUAAGUUUCUUUUGAUGUAUUAAAUGGUGUUUCUAUGUUGUUAAAAGUCUCAUUUAAUCCCAGUUUAAUUAAUAUGAAAAUUAUUUUUAUUACUUUGUUGUUUAAGAACACUCCAGCAGAGAAUUGUACAAACUGAAGCAUCUGCAUGAUAUCCUAACAAACCAAUCUAAACGGUAUGUGAGUGUUGCUCACAAUAACAAUUAUUGUGAGCAAUUAUUUAAUUAAAGGCAAAUCUUUGCAGACAGUUUUAAUGUUUCCUGGUUGGGGUAUAUUAUUUGCCUUGUUCACUUUGUAAGUCACACAAAUUUCUCCAUUUAUAAAAACAUGGCACUUACAUUCUUCUGUUAUUUUAAGUCCAUUAUACCAGAUGGUCUUUGUCUAAUAUUGUACCACAUGGUCUUCAAUUAAUGGUUAAGCGAUUUCCUGUACAAAAACUGUUUGCGUCAAUGUGUUUUGGCUGCCCAACAGUUGUGCAGUUUUUAAGCAGAACUGCGUGCAAAGAGCCAAAAGUUCCACGGUGAAACCAGCAAAGUAAUGGACAAGUCAUUUGUUCCAAAUAUACAACAAUUUGUCAACAAUAUUACAGCUUUUUGUUUAUGAUUAGUCGUUGUGAGAUUAUUAUUGCAAAUCAUUUCACAGACUUUCUUGAGUCUAAAAUGGCUAAACAUGUGCAUACCACAACGUAAAGAUUUGAAGCUGCUGUUAUACAUUUUAGCUUUUAGUAAUUUUUCAGUGUUUGUGAUAUCCAGAAAUAGAAUGUGUUAAUUGAUAUUAUGAGCAAUUAAAACUAUUUAUCUCAAAAAUAAUUAUUAUAGGCUUUCAUUGCAAGCAUUGGAAAACAGUGGAAAUGUGCUGAAAAAGCUCAUCACUUUGAAACCUGUAAGUGUUGCAUGAACGGAGGUUACUUAAUAUUUUAAGGUUUUUUUUUUUUACAAAAUUGAGCUCCUAUUGGAUUGCAGCUAUUAGAUCCCCUGUUUCUUUGAACUGUGACGUACAAGUGUAUGGUCAUAGUUCACUUAAUAAAAAAAUAUAUUUAUAUGAUUGUUACCGGUAAGUGUAAUUUACCCUAAUGAAUGACAAGAUGCCAGAGUGCUUAAGUAUUCUGGUGCUCUCUGCACAGGGUUCGUAUGUGUCUUGAAAACCCUUGAAAUCGCUUGAAUUUUAGAGUCCUACUCCUUUUUCAAGGGUUUGAAAGGUUUGAAAUUCUUCUGCAUUCAUUUUGGUCUUUGAAAGUCCUUGAAUUUUAAUUGAGGAACAUUUUUAAACCUCCAAAACAAUUUGCAAAUACUGGUUUGAAGCCAGCAGAAUAAAAUCUGCAUUGAGGAAAUGAAAGUCAGGUAUGGACUCACACAAAAAUUUUCAAAAUGGUUGCCCCAAAGAGCAAAAGCUGAUUAUUAUCAAAAUAUAUUCGUAGUUUAUUUGGAAUGUGUGUUAAGGUCCUUGAAAUUUUAAAAUGUGGUCCUUGAAAGUCCUUGAAUUUUAUGCGGGAAGAAGUGUACGAACCCUGCCUGCAGCACAAACCUCACAACACUCACACUGCAGGUGGGUAACUAGUAUUACCACUCAACCCUAUGGUAUGCCUGCCAACUCUCUUGCAUUAUACAUGAGUCUUAUGCUUGCAGACGAAAGGCAUCAAUCUCAGUCAUCAAGGUAAACUUCUCACGUCUACUCACAAAUCCGGAUGAAUUGCUCUUUAACACUUGAUUAAUGACAAAAAUUCAAUUGAGUUUCCCUGUAAAUAUUCCAAAAAGGCGCCUUAAGUUGUACUGUAUCGCAGCAUGUCAAAAUUGUUGCCUUGUAAAUACUUUCAAAAUUCUCCAAAGUCAUUGGAACAUCCUCAGAAAUUUUUCGGUAACGUUUGUAAGUCUGCGUAAAAUCAUCAGAAAUCUUCUGAAGUUGCUGGGAUGAAGGUUUGUGACAGAUGAUUGUGUAACUUAUUGGUAAACUUGCGAUUUUCUGCAUUGCACAGAGAAGGGAAGUAUUAGUGGUUGUGGGUUAUUUGUCUUACAAAUACUUAGAUCUAGCCAUGUACUCAUUUUGACAGCCAUCAGUCCCCACACCACCAGCACCUCCAACACCAUCAGGUGGUGAUGUUUCCAAUGUAACCACCAAGCCAGGUCCAACAGCCUCAACAACAACUACAGCAUCUACUGUAGUGCUUACCCAAGCCAUCUGCAAGCCAUUAUAUGAUGCUGUUUCAAGACAUGCCAAGUCCCCUAUGUUGAGCCAUACAUUACAAAGGACAUUCUCACCACUCCUGCAAGCCAUGGAAGGACCCCCUAUAACGUAUGUCAGCAAGUUAAUGGUUAUUAAGUGGCAUAAGACACAACAUCAGUCUAUUUUCAGCUAUUGCCAGCUUGCUACUAUGUAGUUUGCGAGCACAUAACAAUGCCUUUUUAUAACCUACCUGCCAUGUGAUGUUAUGUUAACAAAAUCUACUUGGUAGUGUUGCUUUUGUUAAGGGAAACCAGGAAAAUAGUGGUGUUUGUCGUUUUGCUGUCUGUUAGCUCAUAGCUGUUAAUUGAACUGCAUGAUAGCCCUUCCUUCAGGUUUAAGAAUAAAAUAUUCCUACUCUUAUGAAUUACAGCUGUAAGUGUACUGGUAAAUCAGGCACUCGGUAACUUGAAGCCAGAGCUAAACCAAAAUUGACUUUCACUGAAUUUGUAAACGUUUCAGUGAAUACAAUCAUAGAUAAAAAUGCAAGGAAGGGGUUUUUCAAGUACUACUUAUUGCAUGCAUGGACUGUCAAACAGUGGUACUUCUUUUCAGAAUCUUGGUGCUGUGUUUUGUUGAUCAAUCUUCAUGAGGGAAGUCUUCCUGAAAUUCUAGGUUUACAGCAUGUCAUUGUACAAGAAAAGUAAUUUGAUUUUGUGCUUUGUAUAACAAUGGAGAGUUUUAUACUAACAAGCUUCUCUUGGAUUGCCUUUUUUUUUUCAGCCCUUUACCCCCACCUGCUAAGAGGAUCAAACUGGCAGAUAGCAAUGAAAGGAAGUGUAAUGUACCACAUGUACUGCAAGGCGAGCUGGCUCGACUGUGCAGCCGAUUUCAAGUGAAGCCUGGUAUUAACACAGGAGUUGUACAAAGCAACACGUUGCUUCAGUGCUCAAUAAGUAAGCUAUACAGUGGUCUUACAGACCCGUCUUUAAGACAGUUAAUGAGUUUGCGAGCACUUAGUGAAGCUCAAGAUCCACAAACUCACAAGUUACCGUAGAACUCAGUUUCAUUAUUAAAUUUCAUUUGAGUGUCGCAAGACUUUGGUACUUUGUCUAGAGACUCUCCAUAAGCGACCACCCAAAAUGCAAAGAGUUAGUGGUAGCUUAUGGAAGGUGGUCGCUUGCAAGAGUUAAACUGCUGGAGGUCUUUCAUUAGCAGAAGUCCCAACACAUUUAAUUUUUGGAGAGAAUGUAUUGCAUGCAAUUUUUAUGUUACCAUAUACAGUAAUGUAAAUCCACAUUGUUUCUAAAAAUGCUUCUCGUAUACUCUGAGUAGUGUAGUACAUACACUGAAAACAAAGAUCAGACCAUUGUAUCAGGUGGUUGCGUAGAGGAGGUUAAAGACAAUGAAAAAUUUUAAAACUGUCCUCCUUAAAAUUGGUUGUGGUCGCAGUCGCUUACAAGAGGUGGUCAUUUACAAGAUGUUCCAACUAUAAGCCCUUCCAAAAGUAGGUUGAGUUUGAUCGUCGGGGUGAACAUAGUCCUGAAUAGGACUGUUGUUGUUGACAGUGACUGAUGUUUCGACAACCUGUGCGGUAUUCAUCUUCAGAGUCAAACCCCUGCCUUGGACAAUUUUGGUGUGUUGGAUAGGUAGCCACUUAUGGGUGGGAGGUUGUUGCUUGGGAGAGGUGAUUGGACAUGGAGGCUCCAUUGUAUUUUAUUCACCACAUGCCUUAAUGUCUGCUUCAUAGCCAAACUAUCAAGUUUAUGUGGUCUGAUAGUGAAGGUAGAAAUUUUGUUGUGAUGCAGAAUUCAAAGUGGUUUCAAUCAACGUUCUGCACAUAGUAGACUGAUUUACCUGUUGGCUGACAUUUGUGUUUGCAACUCUAUUUUAAAUUUAUUGUUACUUAUUUUGCAGAUGAUCUGAAUUUGCCAGCAGUUCCACCGAUAGAAAUCAGUGUUCCAUCCAACUACCCAUAUUCCAGUCCUGAGUGCAAGACUUCUAAUUAUAGUAUGUUUCUUAUUGGAUCUUAAUCCCCCAAUUAUACUAGUUUCCACAGCAAGGAACAUUCCCUAUACAUUUGCCUCAUUUUGGUGACAUGAUGAACACUGCAGUUUUGGCCAGUGCCUUACAAUACUCUUGACAUGAAACUGCCUAAAAAUAAUAGAAAUAUUAUUGAUCUUUAAUCAUGCUUCUCUUUCUAGAUGCCAAUCCAUUUCUUCAGAAAGUUCAGAGGCAGCUCUCUUCGCGACUUCAGCGCAUGCCUGAAAUGUACUCAGUUACUUCCGUGUUGGAUGCUUGGGUAAGUGAUGCCUCUAGAUCAAACACCUUAAAUGCUAAAGGUUUUAAAUUCAGUUUCACUGAAAAGUUGGAAGCUGAUAAGCAGACACGAACAGCCUUUAGCCCUAAACUUUUCAAACAAACAUGUAUUUUAGAAGACAACUGUGAGGAUCCCAUUAGUGUCUGCUUGAUACAGUUUUUACCAUAUAUGGUAAUUUAAAGGUCUUGCAUUGUAUACUAAUAAACACUAAUAUAUGUUUUGCAGGAGUCAAGUAUACGACUUGCAUGCAAGGCAGAGGUUGCAGUAAACUAAACAUGAUUUCCCCUUACAAUCUUUAAAAUGCUUGUGGGUGUAAAGAUUUAUUUUAUUAGAAAAAAAUGAUUUAUUUAUUUAAGGUAAAAUAAUGUUCUAAAGUCGUAGCCUUUUGGAAAAAAAGUAAUAAUGUAGUGAAACCUUUCUCUUGGGACGCCACCAUUCAAGGGACACAAAUGUUGUUCGCCAAUAUGGCUCACAUAAUGUUGGUAUUAGUAAUGUCUAUUGAGGCACGCCUACUUUUGCAACACUCAAAUGUCCUGGACGAAGGCUAUCCCCUUAAUGGUGUCUCCUCUGUUUAUGUAUAAGUGAGGUCACAUUCACCCUGUGUUGUCAAAUCAUAGAAAACUGGAUCUUGCAUGGAAAAAUAAAUUAUGCAUGCAAGGUUGAUAAAUACAAAAAAAGGACAAGGCAUUGCAGAGUAUGGUCCAUAGUAAAUGUUUUCCCACUUCAUGUUUUUAUAUUAUUAUUUCAUAACCUUGAUUGAAGCCUUAAGUAAAAAAAAAAAUUUAGACUUGCCAAAAGUCGACUGUGUGAGUGCCGAAGGUGCAUGGGACACUCUCAAAGCGAACGAAUGUGAGCAACGGAAAUUGCAAGGUCUGUUUCCCAAUUGACCACCUAACCAGCAGAAACUGGAAAGGGGCUUUGAGAAAGUCUAAAAAAAUAUUUGCAAUUAUUAUACAACUGCAACUUCAGUGAACUUUGUUAUUAAUGGGAACAAAGAAAUCGUGUCAAUUAUUUUGAGACAUGACUGUCUUUUAAUGUUUUUAUUUUGGGCAUAUAAUUAUCAUAUGCCCA